AUCCAACCUGCUUACACGUGUGCCGGUGGUGGGAGAACGCGUUUCAAACUCUAGAAAGAUGUCCCGAGAUAAGAUAAUUAUCUUCAGUCAACUCCCGUUUUUGUAUAUAGAGGACUACAUUCUCCCUCCUAAAACCAUGUCGAGUUUCAAUUCCAACUACAUCAAUCCCCAGUUACCUACUUCAUUGUUCCUAGCUCUUUGGCUCGGUGAAGGCAUUGACUUCUACAAGUCUCGCCCAGGAUUUCCCAUUAUCAGCACACUGCAGAACCGAUGGCGGAGAAUCAACUUGAAACCGUGGUCACGUCCACAAGCACCCUUUCGGUCGGACAGGCGUCUGUCGCUGAGGCCACCCACAGCCACAUCUGCACCUUACCUUCCCGACUGAGCCGAGCCCAGAGCCGAGCCGGGCGAGACCUGGAGAAAGAAGGCGCCGAGCCCUCUUCCGAGAGCGAAGACCCUGGCACGGAGGACGUCAGAACAAUCACGGGCUUCAAGUGGCUACUUGUUCUCCUCGCGCUCUACUCAAGCGCCUUCCUGUACGGCCUCGAUACCACCAUCGCAGCAGACGUGCAGGGCGCCGUCGUUGAGACUUUCGGCCAUGUCGACCAGCUAGCUUGGAUGGGCGCCGGCUUCCCCAUGGGAUCCGUGGCUAUCAUCCUCCUCGUCGGGUCGCUCUACACCUCCUUCAACAUGAAGUGGAUCUUCGUCGCCAGCGUCCUUCUUUUCGAGAUCGGCUCCGCAAUCUGCGGCGCUGCUCCCAACAUGCAGGCCUUGAUUGUCGGACGCGUUAUCGCCGGAGCUGGGGGUGCCGGCAUCUACCUGGGUGCUCUCCACUACGUGUCCUCGCUAACGACCCGUGAGGAGCGAGGAAGAUACAUCAGCGCCAUCGGCUUCUUCUGGGGUCUCGGCGCCGUCCUAGGGCCUGUUAUCGGCGGCGCCUUCUCUGUCUCAGCUGCGACCUGGCGAUGGGCCUUCUAUAUUAACCUGGUUGUGGGUGGGGUGACGGCGCCUGCUUACCUCUUCUAUCUUCCGUCCCUUCAUCCUAUUCAGGGGGUUUCUAUCCGAAGUCGCAUUGCCAACCUUGACUUUGUCGGAUUUGCCUUGAACAUCGGCAUAUGGGUAUCAUUCACCCUGGCCUUCACCAUGGCCGGCGGCCAAUGGGGUUGGAACGAUGGCCGCACCAUCGCGACCAUCGUCGUCUUUGUUGCCAUACUGGCGCUCUAUGCACUCCAGCAGUACUUCACUGUCUUCACAACCACAGAAUCACGAUCGUUUCCCGGUCAUCUCCUGAAGUCACGCACCCAAAUUCUACUCUACAUUGCGACCUCUGCAAACAUCACCUCGUUGUUCGUCGUCGUGUAUUUCAUCCCGAUCUACUUCCAAUUCGUCCACAACGACUCAGCGCUCAUGGCCGCGGUGCGCCUCCUCCCCUUCGUCAUCAUCGCCGUGACCGUCAACCUCCUGGCCGGCCACCUGCUCUCCAAGAUCCAGUACUACAUGCCCAUCUACCUCAUCUCCGGCGCCUUCAUCGUCCUCGGCGGGACGCUGUUGACCGUCUUCCUCGACCCCUCCACGCCACAGGGCCACAUCUACGGCUACACGAUCCUCAUCGCCGUGGGCACCGGCCUGACCGUGCAGAUCAGCUACGCAGUGGGCACCCUGACCGCCGCCGCCAAGGACAUGGGCGACGUCAUCUCGAUGCAGAACGUCUCGCAGAUCGGGAGCACCGUCAUCGCGCUCGUCAUCGCCGGCCAGAUCUUCCAGUCCGAGGCCGUCAAGAACCUCCAGGCCGCGCUGUUCGGCUUGGGCUUCUCGGAUGCAGAGAUCCAUGGCGCCGUCGCCGGCGCACAGAGCGAGCUCUUCGAGAAGCUUGGUGGGGAGCUGAGGGAGAAGGCCGUUUUGGCCAUCUGCCAGGCGAUGCAGAAGUCGUUUAUCUUGCUGAUCGUGUCUGGGGCGGUUUUGAUUGUCGUCGGCGCUUUGAUGAAGCGUGAGAGGCUGUUUGGCAAGGUUGUCGUUGCCUGAACUGAACGUUCGCUGAAUAUAUCGAAGAAGCAUUUACGGAGAGAGGUCAGCGGGAGAGCAUGGUACUGAGCACGGCGCUACAGCGUGGGAACUUGAUGGUUUGUAGAAUCGGCUGGGAUUAAUCUAGAAGUGGUGUUCAAAAUAGAGUCUUGCGGAUGGAUUAAUAGAGCUAUUAGAGGC